AUGUUCUACACUCAAGUGCUUAUGAGUAAGCGAGGGCCAUUGGCUAAAAUAUGGCUUGCAGCUCAUUGGGAGAAGAAACUCACAAAGGCCCAUGUAUUUGAAUGUAAUCUGGAGAUGACCAUUGAAAAAAUUCUUUCACCUAAGGUGAAAAUUGCACUUCGAACUUCAGGACAUCUUCUUUUGGGAGUUGUUCGAAUCUAUAAUAGGAAGGCAAAAUAUCUUUUGGCAGAUUGCAGUGAAGCAUUUCUUAAAAUGAAGAUGACCUUUCGCCCAGGACUAGUUGACCUUCCAAGAGAGAAUUUUGAAGCAGCUUACAAUGCUAUCACAUUGCCAGAAGAAUUUCAUGAUUUUGACACCCAGAAUAUGAAUACUAUUGAUGUUUCACAACACUUUACUCAGAACCAAAGUAAACCUGAAGAUAUCACACUUAGAGAAGAUUAUAGCAAUGAUCUCCUUUUCCAAGCUGGGAGCUUUGGAGAGGAAUCUGAAGUUCUCAGAAGAAAUAGCUUCUUUGAUGACAACAUCUUACUGAAUUCCAGUGGUCCUUUAGUUGAACAUAGUUCUGGAAGUCUUGCUGGUGAUAAACCUCUGUUCUAUGACAGUGGAGAUGGAUUUGGAGAUGAAGGGGCUGCAGGAGAAAUGAUUGACAACCUCUUGCAAGAUGAUCAGAAUAUCCUGUUAGAAGAUAUACCACUGAACAGAGAAAUAUCCCUGCCUCCUGAGCCUCCGGAUAUAUUAGUAGAACCAGGUAAUCCAGAGAAUAUAUGCCUUCCUGAAAAAGAAAAAAUAAAUGAAACCAUAAUAUCAAAUGAAGAGGAAGGAUUCACACUUGACCCAAUUAAUGCUUCAGACAUUGUUGAUAAAAGGAAAAGCAAAAAGAGGAAAUUGCUCAUCGAUCCAGUCAAGGAGAUCAGUAGUAAAAUUAUGCAUAGACAACUUACUUCCUUUACGGACACACUCAUGGUUCUGGAACUUGCACCCCCUACCCAAAGACUGAUGAUGUGGAAGAAAAAGGGAGGAGUGGACACACUUCUGUCAACUGCCGCCCAGGAUUUGACUCAUGCUGAACUGAAAUUGUUGUUUACAAAGUGCUUUCUGUCCUCUGGCUUUAAACUUGCAAGGAAAUUGAUACAGAAGGAAUCAGUCAGGCAAGAAAAUGAAAGGGAAAACAUAGUAGAAAACUCUCUGAUGGAAGGGCCAAAUUUCCAGCGAGAGUUAAGUCAAGCCCAAAUUUGGAAGGGUGUGAUUAACGGAUCUAAGUGUAACUCUCAUGAAGAUGCCAUCAAAAAUAUUAAUUCUGAGCUAGAUAUUGUUGAAAUGAUUUCUUCAGCUGCUGAGGAAUCCUCUUUUAUAAAUGGCAUCUUGUCACAAGAAGUCGAAAAUUGCCCAGUUGAAUUGGAAUCACUUGGGAGUGACCAAAGCACUGAGGCAGAAAGAUGGAAUCGAAGACUACUUCAGAUGUUACAUAGAUUGCGGGAAUCCAACAAGAUGGGAAUGCGGUACUUUAGUCUGAUGAAGCUCUGCAGACAUAGUGACCGAAAACAAACAGCUGCCAAAUUUUAUAGUUUUCUUGUCCUAAAAAAACAGCGAGCAAUUGAGCUGAACCAGAGUGUUCCCUAUGCAGAUAUCAUCGCUACAGUGGGACCAAUGUUUCAUAACCUAUGAAGGAAAUCUGGACCAUGCAGAUUUACAUCAUCAGUGAAAGUCCUGUGUAGGUCAUUCAAUCUACUAAAGAGCUGUCUGGAGGCAACUGAAUGUUUGAUUCAUUUCCUAGCUAGGUUGACUUUAUUUCUCCUUUGUAAAUUUAGAGAAAUCAUAGCCAGAAUUGGAAGCCUAUAUGUUCAUAGAAGCACCUAAUUGCAGCUAAGUAAUUUUUUUUAACUAAGCUGACUUGAGCUUAUUGUAUUUACCAUUUCCCUGACUUAAAUGUUGCAUUUAGAAUACACUUUUAAACACUACUGGUCUUUGAACAACUUUCAAGGAUGUUUUUAAAAAACUGCUUUAGAUUGGAUUGUUUACUUAAAUUUUAUAGGAUUGACUAAUAAUCAACACUUUCUUAUUACCCCACAGACAAUAAUCUAUCUGAUUUUAAUCCAUAUGAUCCUUGAUUUGAGCUAAUGCCAUAUUUUUAA